AUGCCUUUGAGCAUACAAGCCCCCGCAUCGAAGGUGGAGGCCCAGCAAUUCUUAGUAGGCAUGAUGACGUCAACUAUGGAUGGAGCAAAGGCUGCAGAGGUCAUAUCCUCAUGGUUCCAGGUCGCACUGAUAGCAAAAGCAUCAGGGCAAUCAGGACUGUCAGAUGCACAAAGUUUCAUUCUCUGUGAAGCGAAGAAAGUGCGUCACAAUCUGGAUUCAGGUGCCCUGGCAGAGGAGGACCUACGCGUGUACUAUGCCAUCAAUCAGAUCGCCACGCUGAUGCCUGCACAUUAUGAUUUCUCCCAGACAAUCUCAAAUGUUGUGGCGGACUUACUGUGUGACCUGAACAACUUUGCGCAUCAUAUCAAUGCAGCAGGUGUAGACCUUGCCAGCUGCCCAACUGUUGUUAACCCGGUGCUGUUUGGCCUAGAAAUGGCAUCCCUAGAGGCCAAAGAUAAUAUGACCCGACCUCGUAUUUCAUUGGGCUGGGCAACCCAAUACUUCCACGAGCCCAGAAAACUGAAGCAGGGCUAUCCCGAUUCUAUGAAGGGCAGAGCCUUCAAGGGCCACAACCUUCACCCGAGUUCUCGCAAUAUACCUGGCCCAUCACAUACACCCAUCUCAGCAGAUUCCCCAGAACUGCUCAAUGAGGAGAUGCCCAAUGUGCACCACUGA